AUGGACACACUGCAGCCCCUGGGGGACAAUAUCAGCGGCAUGGCCCGUUGCCCAUACGAUCCCAAACAUGCCAACGUUGCCCUCUUCUCUGAAGGGAUGCUCUUCACGGCCACCGUUACUGACUUCCUAGCCAUCGAUGCUGUCAUCUACCGCAGCCUGGGGGACCGGCCCACUCUGCGUACCGUGAAACACGACUCCAAGUGGUUCAAAGGUCCAGCCACUAACGGGAACAGGACGUGGGUGAGGACUUCCCUGGGGCGGGCGGCCCUGCCCCCAGUCCAGGCAGGUAUAAGGCUACCUCACCGGGCUGAGCGAGCCCAGAUGGAAAAGGGGGAGGCCAUCAUGUCUUCUCGGAGGCCACAGCGGAAGCACAGCCCCGGAGGCCUGGACUCCCGGCUCUCUAGAACGCUGCUCCUGCUGCUGCUGUCUACGGCCUCCGCCCAGGAGGUCACCCCCAACCGUGCCGCCUGCGUGGUGUCCCACGCGGUCAACGGCAGCUCCGUCUCCUGCCACCCCCCCGCCCAAAUCCCCCGCCGCUUCCCAGCCGACACCGUCUUCCUGGUGGUGGAGUUCUUCAACCUCACGCGGCUGCCAGACGACACCCUCCGGGGCCUCGCUCGCCUCCAGGAACUGCACCUGUCCAGCAACCAGCUGGAGAGCCUCUCGCCCAAGUUCCUGCUGCCCGCACCUCUGCUUCAGGUGCUGGAUCUAACCCGCAACCGCCUGGCCCGCCUGCCCCCCGGCCUCUUCCAGCCCUUGGCUGCUCUCCACACCCUGGUGCUGAAGGAAAACCAGCUGGAGGCUCUGGAGCCCUCGUGGCUGCUCGGCCUGAAAGCCCUGCGGCAUCUGGACCUUUCCGAAAACCGCCUCCAGACCCUGCCCCCGGGGCUGUUGGCCAACGUCACCUCCCUGCGCAUCCUUGACCUCAGCAAUAACCAGUUGAAGGCUUUGCCCCCAGACCUUCUGAAAGGCCCCCUGCGGUUGGAAAGGCUGCAUCUGGAAGGCAACGGACUGCAGGUGCUUGACGAGGGGCUCCUGGCACCCCAGCCAGACCUCCGCUACCUUUUCCUGAAUGACAACAAGCUGGCCACCGUGGCAGCGGGCGCCCUCCAGGGUCUGUGGCAGCUGGACUUCCUGGAUCUGUCCAACAACUUGCUUACCGGCGCGCCUAAGGGGCUCUGGACAUCCCUGGGGCAGCCCACCCGGGACAUGAGGGAUGGCUUUGACAUCUCUGGUAACCCCUGGAUCUGUGAUGGGAACCUGGAAGACCUCUACGGGUGGCUUGUGGCCAAUAAAGACAAGAUGUUCUCUCGGAACACGACGCGCUGCGCUGGGCCUGGAGCCUGGAAGGGCCGGAUGCUCCUGGUUGCAGCUGAGUCCCACUGA